AUGGCGGGCGACAUCAGCGUCGGCCAGGCCAUCGCCGUCGUGGCCGUGGGCAGCGUCUCCAUGCUUCUCAUCGUUGGCGCGAGCUUCUGGGCCAUGGAGGCCUACCACGCCGGCCGGCUAGUGCGAGGCUGGCGGUGGCUCCGGGUCAGGGCGCUCGGUGGCGUGACGACCCUGCGGCGGCCGUUGAGCUACAACUGUGCCAUGUGCCAGUACAGCUUGGACGCCCACGAGGAGGUGCGCACCCUCUCCUGCAACCACGUGUUCCACUGCCGCGAGAGCGACAGGUGCAGGGACGGCAUCGACAGGUGGCUCGUGCAGGAGAGCAUGGUCUGCCCCAUCUGCCGCAAGACCCCCUUCCCCGUGCUGCCGUGGAAGGCGUGCCCGCCGCCAUUGUCGCCGAGACACCACCGAUGCCGGUGUCGUCGUCGUCGGGGUUCGAGGAGCCACCACUGA